AUGACUAAGCCAAAAUCUAGCCAUCGCCGACUUCGAGCAGGAAAUUUGGAGCCGAGUUUCGCCAGCCGGGAUAGAGAUCAAAGACGCCGAGAGACUGACAGAUUCGGUUCCAUUGUUUCUCUUUUGGACUCAAAAAUGAAUACUAUUAAAUCAACCUGGAUCGGAUGGGGAGCGCUUUGUGUCGCUGGUGGCGGCGCAUACUAUUUCGCCAAACGCUCUAUCAACGCCGACCGAUUAACCAGAUUUGACGCUACUCAGAAACGCAAAGAUGAAAUGGCCAAAGCUGAAGCUUCGGCAAGGGCGGCAGCUGAACAGUCAAAGGCGGCAGUUGCCCGGGCAGGGAAAUUGAAUAGUGGGUCACAGAAGGAUGACGCAUAUAGCCCGAGUGAAGAAUUAGGACACGAUCCAGCUCCUACAAGACACGAACCGGACACCGAUGCGCAGCGUCUGGCCGAGAAGGGGAAAUACGAAGCUGCCGAAGUAUUUAGAUCGAGGAAGGGUGAUCGUUUCAGCUGA